AUGAAUGAGCAGAGUUCUAAGAAAAUCACUUUUAGUAAAUCAACUCUAUUUAGUUUAAAGGCUGAGUUGCUUCGAAAACAAGAAGAAGUCUUAAAAAAGAAAGAUUUACCGCAGCACAAAUUAGAAAAUUUUACUCCAGCUAAAGCCACAGAUAAGAACAAGCAUGAAAAUUCUGAACUUGCUCCAAAACAAUUAAAAGAUAAACUUAAAGCUGUAGAUAUUGAUGAACUGGAGGCACUCCGUAAAUCUAAAUCUGCACUAGAAAAGAAAGCAGAAUUAUAUAAGCACUUAAGUGAUGGUGCUGGCCAGUCAGAACUAACUGAUCGCUUCCUAGUAGACUUUAAGGAGAAAAAAGAAAAAGGAGAAUCAAAGCUAGUUUCAGAUCAAAGAAACAUUGUACCAAAUGUUGUUCCCAUUACAAAUAAUGAAGAUUCAGGGGAAUGGGUAGUAUUUACAGAUUGUCUUGGUAGAUCGAGGAAAUGUCUCCAAUCAGACCUAGAGUUAUAUAGACAAAGAGACAAAGAACUUAUGAGAUUAUUGCCUGGUUAUGAGGAUGAGGAGAAAGGUGAAAGUGAACAGUCUAGUUCAUCAAAAGAACAGCCGUUUUUGGUGCAGAAAACUAAAGAUUAUCUCCAGUCAUUGAGACAAAAAUGGGAAGAGAAAGAAAAGGAACUCCUUGCAAAGGAUAAAGAUAUUCAUUAUCAAGAUGUUCUUUUUGAUGAGGCAAGAAUGCAUGGUGUUGGAUAUUACUCAUUUAGCACAGAUGAGGCGGAGCGUAAAAAGCAGAUGGAGGAUUUAUUAAAAGAGCGAGAGAAAACACUCAAAGCUCAAAAACAUGCUGAAGAGAUCAGGAAAAAACGAGACGAGCUGGUAGCAGCUAGAGUAGCAGCUGCAAAGGCAAGGCAGAGGAUGAGAGCUGGUUUGCCACCAGAAGAUCCUGAAGAAAAGAAAAACGAAUUUACGAAAUGUUUACUGGAAUUCUUAAAUGAAAAGAAAAAUGAAGCGGACACAAAAGCCAAAGAAGAAGAGAAGAGAUUAAAAGAAGAACGUGAGAAAGAAAGGCAAAAGGAGCGAGAGGCUUAUAUCCGAGAGUGGGAUGUGGGUAAAGAAGGCGUUGAGGGCAAAGUUAAGAAAUUCCGCGAACUAACUCAAGAGGAAUAUGUCGAACAACAAAGAUCGAAACGAAUCAACGAAUUCGCGCCCUUAGAAGCACUAGAUUCUAGAAAAUCUAACUUAACAUUUGACCAGCGUGGACAUAAAAUUGUAGCUGAGACAUCCUUUGAAAAAACAGUAAAUAAAACAUGGGACGAUGUCAGAAAAAGUAUUGCUAACCAAGGGAGAGAAGUAACACCUCCUCCUCCUACAAUAGGUGAAAUAAAUGAACAAAAAGGACUCUUUUUCACAUCGAAAAAACAUGAUAAAUCUAUUAAAUAUAAGAACUUUGUAAAGGCAGAUGAACCUACUCCAAUACAAAAUGAAUUGAGUGAUGAAGACGAGGACAUAAGACGACCCAGUAAAAGAAAAAAUGAAAAUAACGCAGAGAUACCUCCACCACCUACUUAUGAAUAUUAUGGACCUGUGCCUAAAACAUCCAAAUCAAAAACACCAUUUAAUUCAGAUAUAAGAGAGGCGUUUGCGCAGGGAACAAAGAGUUUAGAAUCUAAAUCGAAUGGAAUACACCUAUCAAGUCACUACGACUUUACUUUUGAUUAA